GCAGCCCCAUGGGGUCUGCCGGGGUCCCCCUGCUGCUGCUGCUGCUGGUGGGGGCGCUGUGCUGGAUCCCCGGAAGCGAAGGGGGGAAGGAGCCCCCCGCCCAUUUCUUGCAGCAGGUGAAGGGCGAGUGCCGCUUCCUGAACGGGACGCAGCGGGUGCGGUUCCUGCAGAGGUACUUCUACGACCGGCAGGAGUUUGUCCGCUUCGACAGCGACCUCGGCAAGUUCGUGGCCGUGACCGAGUUGGGGCAGCCCGAUGCCGACUAUUGGAACAGCGAUAAGGUCUACCUGCAGGGCCUGAGGGCCGUUGUGGAUAUCUGCCGGCAGAACUACGAGGUGGCCAAGACGGGGCGUAUGAUUGGCCGGAGAACCAAGCCCACCGUCACCAUCUCCCCCACCAAGGCAGACCCCGCGUCCCCCAACACCAUCCUCCUCUGCACCGUGACGGGCUUUUACCCCCUGGAGAUCGACAUCCGGUGGCUGAAGAACGGGCGGCCGGAGAAGGAGGGCGUCGCCUUCGGGGAGGAGCUGCAGAACGGAGACUGGACCUACCAGCGCCAGGUGAUGCUGGAGACCCGGCCCGAGCGGGGGGACGUCUACGCUUGCCAGGUGGGGCACGCCAGCCUGGAGGCCCCCGUCACCGUCCAGUGGGAGCCACGUUCCUCCAACUCUGCCAGGAGCAAACUCUGGACGGGGGCCGUGGGGGCCGUGCUGGGGGUGGCCUUCCUGGCUGUGGGGCUCUCCCUCUACCUGAAGAGCAAGAAAGCAACCUCCAUCCAACAACCUGCAGGUGAGCGCUUUGCAUUCCCCUCCAGGAACUGA